GAGCAGUGUCACUGUGGGUGUGACUCACAACGCCAGGAGAGAACUGAGGACUUCUUUCAACUAGAUAGCAGAGUGUGAAGGAGGCUUGGCGUGGUCAGGGUGACACUUCCUUCCCCUGAGCACAACAGGAAGGUGCAGUCAGUGGAGCAAGUCCCCGGCAGCUUCUGUGUCCCGAGUCAGCCUCAUAAGCACACAGAACAUCAUCUUGUAUUAUAUGAGAAAGGAGUAUCCCUGUCACACACGGGAAAAAAAUGUUUUUGUGGGUGUUAGCCCUCCUGAUCCUCUGUGCUUUUCUGUGGAACUGUAAAGGACGACUGAAGAUUGCAGACAUCAAAGAUAAGUACAUUUUCAUCACCGGAUGUGACACAGGCUUUGGAAACUUGGCAGCCAGGACUUUUGAUAAAAAAGGAUUUCAUGUCAUUGCUGCCUGUCUGACUGAAUCGGGAUCAACAGCUUUGAAGGCAGAAACCUCACAGAGACUUCGCACGGUGCUUCUGGAUGUAACUGACCCUGAGAAGGUGAAGAGGACCGCCCAGUGGGUGAAGAACCAAGUUGGGGAAAAAGGUCUCUGGGGGCUGAUCAAUAACGCGGGGGUGCUGGGCGUGCUGGCUCCCACAGACUGGCUGACCGUGGAGGACUACAGGGAACCUAUUGAAGUGAACCUGUUCGGACUCAUCAGCGUGACAUUAAAUAUGCUUCCCUUGGUCAAAAAAGCUCGAGGGAGGGUGAUCAAUGUCUCGAGCAUCGGAGGUCGGCUUGCAAUUGGCGGAGGGGGCUACGCCCCAUCCAAAUAUGCAGUGGAAGGAUUCAAUGACAGUUUAAGACGGGACAUGAAAGCUUUCGGUGUGCAUGUCUCAUGCAUUGAACCAGGAUUGUUCAAAACCCAACUGUCAGAUCCGAUAAAGACAGCCGAAAAAAAACUUGCCGUUUGGAGGCAUCUAUCUCCAGAUAUCAAACAACAAUAUGGAGAAGGUUACAUUGAAAAAAGUCUAGACAAAUUGAAAAGCACAGCACCCUGCGUGAACGUGGACCUCUCUCUGGUGGUGGAGUGCAUGGACCACGCCCUAACAAGUCUGUUCCCGAAGACUCGUUAUGCUGCUGGCAAAGAUGCCAAAGCUUUUUGGAUACCUCUGUCUCACAUGCCAGCCAUUCUGCAAGACUUUUUAUUGUUGAAACAGAAAGUAGAGCUGGCUAAUCCCAAGGCCGUGUGAUUUCAACUCAUCACAAAAGCCUAUCCAGGCUUUGAGACUGGCUGACCUCAAGGCCACAUCUCCUUUUCAAUCCCAUUUCUUACCUAAUCCAACUUGGAAUCACCUCGGUCAUGCUUAUUUUUACAGACAAAGGAGACUUACCAUUCCAAUAUUCUUCCAGGGCUCCUUCCCAGGACUUCUUUCCCAGUAAGUUCAGAAAUGCCAUAUCUCAUAGGCCAGUCCUGCCCAUUUGAGACAGUGUGUGCUUGGCGGGAUGGAAGAGAAGUUGGAAGACUUCCUCUUCCAAAAUGAAGUACACCCCUGCCUGCCCCGUGCUCAUUGGGUAACCUGGACUGUUCAGUGGUGUCUCUUAUCAAAAUAUUGAGCAAUAAGUAAAUGUUUUCCUAAGUGAGUUAGACAUUUCUGUUACCUUGCUAAGAAAAAGACUCUAAAGGACUGGAACUCAGUUGUGAUAAGCUUUGAUAGGAACAGGAAAAGGAAGAGAGAUAAAGCAUUAUGUGAUACUGGGAUGAGCCAAAGGGUGGCCAAAUUCAACAUUCUUUUCAGUGUUUUCAGAAUAUACAUAUUCCUCCUCUCGGUCUUAUGACCUGUCUUUAUUUUUUGGACAAUUCUAUACAUCUUGUUUAUAGAGCCUCAGUGUCUUUUUUUUGU